AUGAGCAGGUCGGCGGCUCUUCUCCUCUGCCUGCUGGGCUGCAACGUGUGGAAGGCGGUGACCAAAACCUUAGGGGCGCCCGAGGCGGCUCAAGAAGUAACGCUGAAGGUCCAUGUAAGCGAUGCCAGCACCCAUCAGCCAGUAACUGAAGCCUUCAUUGAGAUUUUUACCAACCAGAUCUCCAUUGCAUCUGGAACCUCAGGAGCAGAUGGCACUGCCUUCCUCAAGUUUCAGUAUAAGCUGGGCAAUCAGCUGAUAGUGACUGCUAGUAAACAUGCAUAUGUGCCAAAUUCUGCACCAUGGAAACCUGUAAGAUUGCCUGUGUUCUCUUCACUGAGCCUCGGCCUUCUUCCUGAACGCUCAGCUACUCUGAUGGUCUAUGAUGAUGUAGUCCAGAUAGUCUCAGGAUUUCAAGGUGCACGGACUCAGCCACAAGUUCACUUUCAGAGAAGAUCUGUGAAAUUGCCAGAGAACACUAGCUACAGUGAUUUGACAGCAUAUCUGACUGCAGCCAGUUCACCCUGGGAAGUGGACAGUUUCCCUUAUUUGCAGGGAUUAGAUGGAAAUGGAACAGGAAACAGCACCAGGUAUGACCUCACCCCCAUCACUGCCGUCAGCGUCCACCUCCUCAGCAGCAAUGGGACCCCUGUCCCUGUCAACGGCCCCAUCUAUGUAACAGUGCCUCUGCCAGCAAACAGCAACCUGAAACACAAUGCACACGUUCCAGCAUGGAGGUUUGACCAAAAAUUUGGGACAUGGCUGAAGAGUAGUUUGGGCAUUGUACAACAAGAAGGAAAUCAGUUGACUUGGACUUACAUUGCACCUCAGCUGGGCUACUGGGUCGCAGCUAUGUCACCUACUAUCCCAGGUCCCAUUGUAACACACGACAUUACCAGCUAUCAUACAAUGUUUCUUUUGGCAAUUUUAGGAGGGAUGGCUCUCAUACUUCUAGUCUUGCUGUGUCUGCUUCUGUACUAUUGCAGAAGGAAAUGCCUAAGACCACGUCAGCAUCAUAAGAAACUGCAACUUUCAACAGCACUGGACACUUCUAAGAAGGAUCAAGCAACCUCAAUGUCCCAUAUAAAUUUAAUAUUUUCACGUCGUGAGUCAGAAUUUCCAGGUGGAUUGUCCGUUGCUAGCAAUGGACACACUGAAAACUCAGGGGCAAAGGAAUUAAUCAGUGCUGUCCACAUGGAGAUGGUAUCACCUACUGGAGAAGCAGAUAUGCAUACACCUAUGCUCAAACACUCCUUCAGUACUUCGCAGGAGUUUAGCUCCCGAGAGGAACUGCUCUCUGACAAGGAGAAAGACAAGAGCAGAAUUUCCUUGGAUGACCUGACUCCCAGUGGGUCUCUAAGAAAAGACUACCACAAGUCAGCAGAUAGUUUUCCUCUAAAGACAAGAAAAUCUACAGAAACAGCUGAAGGCUAUGAGUCCCCUAUCAAAGAUGAGUAUAGGAGAAGUUACAAUGCUAUGCUGUCUCAGCCUUUAUUUGAAAAGCAAGAGAGAGAAAUUCAAGUAUCUAUGAACCAUAUUGCUACUGGAAGUAAAUAUAAUGUUCAGGAACAAAUAUACCCCAUACCUUCAGCCCCUGAAAAAGAGCUGCUGGACUGCAGACCUACUGAUUGUAUGAUGUCUCGUUCAGUUGAUCACCUUGAAAGACCUACGUCUUUCCCUCGACCAGGUCAGUUAAUCUGCUGCAAUUCUGUUGACCAAGUCAAUGACAGUGUUUACAGAAAGGUUUUGCCUGCACUGGUCAUCCCAGGGCAUUACAUGAAGCUGCCUGGAGAGCACCCUUUUGUUAGCCAGCCCCUGGUUGUCCCAGCUGACCAGCAGAUAGAUCUAGAAAGGCUUCAGGCUGAGCUUCCUAACCCUCACGCACGGCUUUUCCCACACCCUGCCCAGCAGCUGCAGCCCCAGCAGUUGGCAUCCCAAGCAAUAUCUCAGCAGCAUUUGCAAGAUGCAGGUGCAGCUGAGUGGAGUCAGCAAAAUGCUUCCAUGUCUGAAUCUAUUUCCAUUCCUGCCUCUCUUAACGAUGCAUCCCUGGCUCAGAUGAAUAGUGAAGUGCAGCUUCUUACAGAAAAAGCUUUGAUGGAAUUAGGAGGUGGAAAGCCAUUGCCUCAUCCUCGAGCAUGGUUUGUUUCUCUAGAUGGGCGUUCAAAUGCUCAUGUUAGACAUUCAUACAUUGAUCUCCAAAGAGCUGGUAGGAACGGGAGUAACGAUGCCAGUUUGGACUCUGGUGUUGAUAUGAAUGAACCGAAAUCUGCCCGAAAGGGAAGAGGAGAUCAUCUGUCUGCACCACAGAGUCACCCCCCAGUACAGGAGCACCAGCAGAGAGAGAGGAAGGUUUCAGAUAGCACAGCUUACACACAGCUUGUGUACUUGGAUGAUAUGGACCAAAGUGGCAGCGAGUGUGGAACAGCAGUCUGUAGCCCCGAGGACAAUGCUCUGCGAUGCCUCCUAGAAGGCACCAGUAAGAGAAGUGGUGUGCAGCUGCCCAGCCUGCAAGAGGAAACCAGAACUGUGGAUACCAAACCAGAGCCAUUAACUAGUCCUGAACAUGGAACAUCCAUUCAAGAUGAUGAUGAUGAAGAUGAGGAGGAUGAGGAAGAUGACCAAGGUGAAGAUAAGAAGAGUCCUUGGCAGAAACGAGAGGAAAGACCACUAAUGACUUUCAAUCUAAAGUGAGCUAUUGUGAAAAUCCACCCUUCAGUGGAGUAUAAAAUUGCCAAAUAUCCUUUCUGUGGAAGUGCUUGAUAUUUUUUCUUUUUUUCUUUUUUUUUUUAUGUUGUGGAGAGAAAAGAGAAAAACAAACUGUGGUGCGCAACAUUUGAAAGAACUUAAAUGCAUUACUGUGUAAAUGUUAGAAAAAAGUUAAAAUCAUUCCUCUGAUUUAACAGCUGCCUCCAGUGAGGUAGCUGAACAAAGAGUGUGAUUGUUAUUCCAUAUACUUGAUAUUGGUCAUCCAGGAUGUUGAAAAUACUGACAAAUUGUUUUGGUUGGUUUAUGACCUCAAUCUCCUUAUGAAUGGGAGCUGGUAAAGCUUUUGUUUUGUAGGCCAAUUUUGUGUUGAUAAUGCUACUGAAAGUAUCUUAAAAACAGGAGUUUGACACACAGUGUCCAAAAUUGUGCAUUAUCUCAAUGAAAGGCUAUGCAUUGCUGCUUUUAGUAAUACUUUGCUUAUACUAUGCUUUUCUUAAUUUUACAAGUUGGUUGUAAACAUUUUAUGUCCUUUAUUAUAAACUACUCAGCAAUUUAUUUUAAUGUACAACUGCAGGAAACUUGAG